AGCAAAACGACAUGCUUCGUUCAAGAGUCCCUUCACGUGGCUCCGGGAGACGUUGGACGUGAAGUUCCGUCAACAGAGCACGGAAAAGGAGAUUGAAGAGGCACGGAAGCAGCAAAUUGAGAAGGGACAGGGCAGCGUAUUCGAGUCGCUACCAGAGCUUGCAGAUGGAGCCGGGGGUAAGGAGUCCCAGUUGCUCGUCGGUUCGCCUAAGGCGAAGGGCAAGAAAGCUACCGAGCAUAAAUACUCGACUGCGAACUUCAAGAUCUCUCAUCGAAAACUGAACAUGCUCGGUCGUCAGAUAUCCGGCAAGCCCAUCGACUCCGCCAUCCUGCAGAUGAUGUUCAGCGAAAAGCGCGCGAGUAAGCGAAUCAAGAGCAUGCUUGUCGUUGCAAAGGACCAUGCUGUGCAAAGAGGCCUCGACGAGAAAAAGCUGGUCGUCUCGGAAGCCUGGGUUUGCAAAGGCGAGCACGUCCUCAAGCGGCAAGAACCCAGGGGCAGAGGUCGCUUUGGCAUCAGGCAGCACCCUGAUUCCAGUAUACAUGUUGUCCUAAAAGAAGGCAAGACAAGAGCUCAGCUCAAGGAGGAGGAGCGGAAGAGGAAACUCAAGAGGAUAGUCUCGGCUGGAAUCACCAGGGAGGACGUUCCUCUUAGAAACCCUGGACCUGCUUGGGCAUGGUAGACAUCGCUGUUCUACAUCGUCUUUACUACUGCAUAAUAUCCUGCACAUUCAUUAUACUUCGCUCUGUGCACCCGUAGCUGUCGUAUAAGCGCUCAAUAUGGCGCGCUUGCUAUUUUUGUCUCACAGGUUACACGUCUGCAGUCGCGCACUGCACGACACCACCACAACCAUGGCCAGACUCUGGCGGUGCCGCGCCGCACUUUUACUCUUGGGCUUGUUUACCUCACCACUGGUCUCUGCUGAACAUACAUUUGAAAAUACCGCUAUCGUUCGUACUGUCGAGCUUGGCGGAUCGUUCGUACACGUCACGACUACCUACGCGGUCCGUGCACUCGAAGAUGGCUCCAGCAUUUACACUGUCGCACUUGGAGAGGACGAGCACAAGAAGACUAGUUGGAUCAAUGCGAAACUGAAGGGAGAGUCUGUGCCCCUACAUGUCGAGCACUUCGGAUUGAACUCGAACGGCGCAUAUCUGUAUACUGUGGCCUUACCUAACGCCCUCAAGGCGAACUCCUCUGCCAACCUUGUGCUGGAAACAGUCCAGACCCAUGCCACAUAUCCGUGGCCCCAAGUGGCUGCUCAGGGAGGCCCGCAAUAUCUAAAGUACGAGGCCGAUCUGUUCGUAUUGAGCCCGUAUCCCACUGCAGUACAGCGGACGAAAAUUAGGGCGCCCUCACCUCAGAUCAAUGCGUAUAGCACCCCGGAGGACAUGAGCGCAUUCACUCAGGAUGCACCGGUGACAAAGUCGGGUGCUACGUUGACUUAUGGACCCUAUAACAACAUCUCUGCGAACGCAAACCGCGACUUUGUGAAAGACGUGCAGAAGCGCAUCUCUGUUCAAUACGACUAUCCUGCUCCCGUUCUGGAGGUCACUAGACUGGAGCGUGCUGCUGAGAUAUCACACUGGGGUGCGAACCUGAACAUCCAGGAUAACAUCUGGCUGCACAACGCUGGACCAGCCCUCAAGGGCCAGUUCUCUCGCCUGGAGUUCCAGGGGCAGAACUAUCACAACCGGAUUGCAUCUUCUACCCUGGUUUCUCUGGCUCUUCACCUGCCUCCAGGCGUCCGCGACGUCUACUACUAUGAUCAGAACGGGAACGUCUCGACUUCCCGACUGCGCACCACGCCAUCCAUUCCCAAAGGUUUGAAGUCGAAUACAUACACCCUCUUCGAGAUGCGACCCCGGUACCCUGUCCUAGGCCAGUGGAACUACAGUUUCACUUUGGGCUGGGACUCGUCCCUUGCCGAUUAUGCAGGCUACGACAAGGAGUCUGGCAGCUACCUAGUUGGUGUUCCUGUGCAGGCCCUGGUCCCCGGCGCUGUGGUCAACGAAGCCGAGAUCAAGAUCAUCCUUCCUGAGGGCGCCACCGACGUCAAGUUCCAUCCGCCCUUCUCGGCUGUAAUGAACAGCGUUUCCAACCAUGUCACCUAUCUGGACACGAAGGGCCGCCCAGCUAUCACCCUCAAAUACGAGCAGCUGACCGACAGGCAUGCGGGCAUGAUCUAUGUGUCCUACAAGGUUCCGUUCUCAGCUCAUUUGAAAAAGCCCCUUGCAGUCGCAACGGCGCUGAUGGGGUUGUUCGCUCUUGCUUUCGCCUCGAAGCGUGUGGACAUGCGGAUACAGAAGUAGAAUGUCUGAUCUCGCAUUCGUAUAUACGCCGCCCGGACGAAAAUAGCUUCCCUCUUUGCCUUGACAAUCACGUAAGGCGAUGAGUGCGGCUUCACGCCGAAUGCGAUAAGACAGAAGACUGUUGUACGUUUCCUUACAUCAAAACAUAGAGCGCCGUAAGCGGUAAAGCGUACAGUGGUACCGAACUACCCGCGAUGCAUGAAGCUGUGCACCGUGAAUAAGGUGCAGCCCGGGGGUGUGGCCGACCUGGAAUACGGAUGGUAAAGAUCACGCG